AUGCAUCCCUCAAAGCAGCGCUGGCUCACCUAUGAGGCAAGGAACCGAUUGGCAAGGAAGAGAUGGCGAGACGGUGUGGGAUGUAAAGUGUCCAGCAUCUCCAACCUGGAAAGCCCUUUAAACCUGGAGGAGAGGCUCACAGCGGAAGAAGCUGCCUCUUGGCAAUGGUCCUUCGACUCCAUAUUGACCAGUCCAGCCGGCCGGCGCAUCUUCAUGGAGUUCCUGCAGACUGAGCACAGCGAAGAGAACAUGUCCUUCUGGCUCGCCUGCGAGGACCUCAAAUUGGAACAGUGCCCAGAGCAGAUCUCGGAGAAAGCAAAGAAGAUCUACCUCGAUUACAUCUCCAUCCUCUCUCCAAAAGAGGUAGGCUGGGCACAGCAUUGGGGUGUGGGGGCAGAGCUAUGGAAAGGGACGCAGUGGACCAAGAAGCAGCUGUCCAAAGCUGAGCAUUGCUUUGCAGCAGCCACUCUCCUUCCUUUUUUAAAUUUGCUGGAUUCAUGGCAUCACCGUGUGUGUGUUUGCUUCUUCCUGCAGGUCAGCAUUGAUGCUGCAGUGCGUGAGACCAUCAACAACUCCCUGCCGUCACCCGGCGCUCACAUGUUUGAUGAGGCACAAGCGCAAGUUUAUGCUCUCAUGCACCGGGAUUCCUACCCCAGGUUUCUGAAGUCCCCUCUCUACAAAUCGCUGGAGCAGAGACUAUGCCAGUUGCUGAUACCUAACCCAAACACAGGGACCCCGGGUUCAGUUCUCAAGAUGCCAAGUCUUCAGACUGCCUACUGCUUGGUGACAAGAGGUCUUUGGAGGGUUGAGGUGUACAGAACAAUCUGUGCGAUAUGAGCCUCCUCCGCCAUCUGCUGAGUUGUCCCGUACAGUUGUGUACCAUUCCAUCACUGGCAUUUACGUACAGCAAAUUCAAGGACAUAUUCUAGAUGAAGGGAUGAGAUCACUGCUUUUCAAGGUGUGGAGCCCAACCAGGAUGUUCUAGAGCGCAGGUUUACUAGGAGCUGUUUGGUUC